AUGUCCAAAGCAAAACAAAAACGGGCCAAGAAGCUUGGCUUUCUCGGAAAACUGAAGCAAAGCAAAGAUGGGCGAAGGAUCGGUUCUUCUGGUCAAACAAAGACUACUGAGCAGGCUGCUAAAGACCCCAGAAAUUCGGAAGAAAUUCGGAAGCAAAGGCUUCACGACCUUCAGGAGAAACAGAAACUAUCCAGAGAUCGAGAGCUGAUGAAAAGAAGAAAUUUGCAGACUUUUCAGAGUGAUAUUUUGCAGCGGCAGAGGGAGUUUGAGCUGAAGGAAACCGAAAUGCAAAAUUUAGAAAAAAAUUGUAAUUUUGAAAACGAAAAUUCCCGGAAAGCAUAUUACAGAGAAUUCAAGAAGGUGGUCGAGGCGUCAGAUGUUAUAUUGGAGGUGUUGGAUGUGCGUGACCCUCUUGGCUGCAGAUGCCCGCAGGUGGAACAAGCGGUCAUUCAGAGUGGAACCAACAAGAAAAUUGUCCUGGUUCUGAAUAAAAUAGAUCUGGUUUCAAAGGACAUUGUUGAAAAAUGGAUUAAAUAUCUUCGUAAUGAGUUCCCUACUGUGGCGUUCAAAGCAUCCACACAGCAGCAGAAUAAGAAUUUGAAACGCAGCAAUGUGCCAGUGACUCUAGCAACCCAAGAGCUGCUCAACACCAGUGCUUGUGUAGGGGCAGACUGUUUAAUGAAACUACUUGGAAAUUACUGUCGCAACCUGGACAUAAAGACUGCGAUCACUGUAGGGGUGGUUGGUUUUCCCAAUGUGGGCAAAAGUAGCUUAAUCAACAGUUUAAAACGGGCACGAGCAUGUAGCGUUGGAGCCACUCCUGGUGUCACAAAAUGCCUUCAACAAGUGCAUUUGGAUAAACACAUUAAGCUGUUGGAUUGCCCUGGCAUCGUCAUGGCAGUGUCCACGUCAGAUGCUGCAAUGAUUCUUCGUAAUUGUGUCAAAAUUGAGCAGCUGGUGGAUCCUCUUCCACCCGUCGAAGCGAUCCUCAGACGUUGUAACAAAGCUCAAAUCAUGCAACAUUAUGGGGUCCCAGAUUUUCACACGGCUUCAGAGUUUCUGGCACUACUUGCUCGGCGCCAAGGCAAACUGAGGAAAGGAGGACUGCCGGAUACAGACAAAGCAGCCAAGGGUGUAUUAUUGGAUUGGACAGGAGGGAGGAUAAGCUAUUUCACCCACCCUCCAGAGACACAUACCCUUCCUACUCAUGUCAGUGCAGAGAUUGUGUCAGAAAUGGGGAAAGCCUUUGACUGGGACGAGUUGGAGAAAGGGAAUCAAGAGGUUCUUGCUGAGUCGAGUACUGAUGCACAAAUGGGAUUCUGCAUGGAAUCUUGUGGAAUGACUCAGGGUGACCAAUUUGAAGCAACCCUUAAUCGAGAAAUGGGAGAAGCGGCUGAGUGGGAGGAUGCAGAAUCUAUGGAAGACGAUGAAGACGCGGAGUUUGGGCCUAUGACCGUGGAAUUUAAAUCUCAAAAAUCUAAAAUUGAGACACCCGCAUGUACAUUCAAAGCCCCGGAUUUAAAAGAUAUUUCGAGUAUGGAUCCUUUGCAACAAGGACAGGCUCUUGUGGCUGCAAAUAAGAAGAGAAAAAAGCAACAGAAAAGAGCUGAUAAAAUAGCAGUGAAGCUUUCGGACAGCUUGACUUCAGCCAUGAACUUUCUUUGA